CAGGACAUCGAAUCCGAAUGAAUCUGAGACCCUGCGAGGAGCAGGAGCAGGCGCCGCAGCCCGCGGCACUCAGAGGCCAGCACUGCGUAGUGUCCCCACUCAGCAGCCCAAGAUGGAGCUCCGCCGCCGCCGCCGGCUUCCUUUGUGCACCCCGGGCGGGCUUGCCAGCAAACAGGUCGCCGACUCCUGACCGGUGGUGAGGGCGACAGCAUGACUUUGAGCCUCAUCUCCCUGCUGUCCCAGGACGUCACAGCCCUGUGGCUCCUGCUGAAGACAAGUGCAGAUGAAAUCAUGCACCAAGACAUCGUCCCGCUCUGUGCUGCUGACAUCCAGGAGCAGCUGAAGAAGCGCUUUGCCUACCUGUCUGGUGGGCGGGGACAGGACGGAAGUCCGGUCAUCACCUUCCCCGACUACCCAGCCUUCAGUGAGAUCCCGGACAAGGAGUUCCAGAAUGUCAUGACCUAUCUCACCAGCAUCCCCAGUUUGCAAGAUGCUGGCAUUGGAUUCAUCUUGGUCAUAGACCGAAGGCAGGACAAAUGGACCUCCGUGAAGGCAUCGGUCCUGCGAAUAGCCGCGUCUUUCCCAGCAAACCUGCAGCUCGUCCUUGUUCUCCGGCCCACGGGCUUUUUCCAGAGGACCCUCUCCGACAUCGCCUUCAAGUUCAACCGAGAUGACUUUAAGAUGAAAGUACCCGUCAUGAUGCUGAGCUCAGUGCCAGAGCUACAUGGCUACAUUGAUAAAUCCCAGCUGACCGAGGACCUCGGGGGGACCCUGGACUACUGCCACUCCAGGUGGCUGUGCCACCGCACUGCAAUUGAAAGCUUUGCCCUGAUGGUGAAGCAGACGGCCCAGAUGCUGCAGACCUUUGGGACCGAGCUGGCUGAAACAGAACUGCCCAACGAUGUCCAGUCAACCAGCCUGGUGCUCAGCGUUCACACAGAGAAGAAGGCAAAAGCGAAGGAGGAUCUUCAGCUGGCGCUGAAGGAGGGGAACGGCAUCCUCGAGAGCCUCAGGGAGCCACUGGCUGAGAGCACUUCCCACAGCGUGAACCAAGACCAGCUGGACAAUCAGGCCACCGUGCAGAGGCUCCUGGCCCAGCUGAAUGAAACCGAAGCCGCCUUUGACGAGUUCUGGGCAAAGCAUCAGCAGAAGCUGGAACAGUGUCUGCAGCUGCGGCAUUUUGAGCAAGGCUUCCGGGAGGUCAAAACCACCUUGGAUUCCAUGUCUCAGAAGAUAGCCGCCUUCACGGACGUUGGCAACAGCCUGGCACACGUGCAGCACCUCCUGAAGGACUUGACCAGCUUUGAGGAGAAGUCCAGCGUGGCUGUGGACAGGGCCCGAGCCUUGUCCCUGGAGGGUCAGCAGCUGAUUGAGAACAAGCACUACGCUGUAGACUCCAUCCACCCCAAGUGUGAGGAGCUCCAGCACCUCUGUGACCACUUCGCCACUGAGAUCACCAGGAGGAGGGGCCUUCUCAGCAAGUCCUUGGAGCUGCACAGCCUCCUGGAGAUGUCCAUGAAGUGGUGUGAUGAGGGGAUCUUCUUGCUGGCCUCACAGCCUGUGGACAAGUGCCAGUCCCAGGAUGGCGCAGAGGCCGCCCUCCAGGAAAUCGAGAAGUUUUUGGAGACUGGUGCAGAAAAUAAGAUUCAGGAGCUCAAUAAGAUUUACAAAGAAUACGAAUGCAUCCUCAACCAGGACCUUCUGGAACACGUGCAAAAAGUCUUUCAGAAGCAAGAGAGCACUGAGGAGAUGUUCCACCGCAGGCAGGCCAGCCUGAAGAAACUGGCAGCCAAGCAGACGCGGCCUGUGCAGCCUGUGGCCCCCCGGCCGGAGGCGCUCACCAAGUCCCCCUCCCCGUCACCAGGCUCCUGGCGAAGCUCUGAGAACUCCAGCUCUGAGGGCAGUGCACUCCGCAGAGGGCCCUACAGGAGAGCCAAGAGUGAAAUGAGUGAGACCCGGCAAGGCCGCACCAGCUCCACGGGGGAGGAGGAAGAGAGCCUGGCCAUCCUGCGCAGACACGUGAUGAAUGAGCUCCUGGACACGGAACGGGCCUACGUGGAGGAGCUGCUCUGUGUCUUAGAGGGCUAUGCUGCAGAGAUGGACAACCCCUUGAUGGCACAUCUCAUCUCAACAGGCCUGCAAAACAAGAAGAGCAUUCUGUUCGGAAACAUGGAGGAGAUCUAUCACUUCCAUAACAGAAUAUUCCUGCGGGACCUGGAGAGCUGCAUAGACUGCCCAGAGCUGGUGGGGAGGUGCUUUCUGGAGAGGAUGGAGGAGUUCCAGAUCUACGAGAAGUACUGUCAGAACAAGCCGCGGUCCGAGAGCCUGUGGAGACAGUGCUCCGACUGUCCCUUCUUCCAGGAGUGCCAGAAGAAGCUGGACCACAAGCUGAGCCUCGACUCCUACCUGCUGAAACCUGUGCAGAGAAUAACCAAGUACCAGCUGCUGCUCAAGGAAAUGUUGAAAUACAGCAAGAACUGUGAGGGGGCUGAGGACCUGCAAGAGGCGCUGAGCUCCAUCCUGGGCAUCCUCAAGGCGGUGAACGACUCCAUGCACCUCAUCGCCAUCACUGGCUAUGAUGGAAACCUCAGUGACCUGGGGAAGCUGCUGAUGCAAGGUUCCUUCAGUGUGUGGACAGACCACAAGAAGGGCCACACCAAGGUGAAGGAGCUAGCCAGGUUCAAGCCCAUGCAGCGGCACCUGUUUCUGCACGAGAAGGCUGUCCUCUUCUGCAAGAAGAGGGAGGAAAACGGGGAGGGAUAUGAGAAGGCUCCUUCCUACAGCUACAAGCAGUCCUUGAAUAUGACAGCGGUUGGCAUCACAGAGAACGUGAAAGGUGACGCCAAGAAGUUUGAGAUCUGGUACAACGCAAGAGAGGAGGUUUACAUCAUCCAGGCACCGACUCCUGAGAUUAAAGCGGCAUGGGUGAAUGAGAUUCGGAAGGUUCUGACCAGCCAGCUCCAGGCCUGCCGUGAGGCCAGCCAACACAGGGCCCUGGAGCAGUCCCACAGCCUGCCUUUGCCUGCGCCAUCCAGCACCAGUCCCACAAAAGGAGGGACCUCAAGAAAUGUCAAGAAGCUCGAAGACAGGAAGACGGACCCACUGAGCCUGGAAGGAUAUGUGAGCUCGUCAUUGCCAAAGCCCCCUGAGAAGGGCAAAGACGAUGCGGUCCCUAGUUCUACCUCUGAAAGCUCUGCGCUUUCCAGAAAGCGCUUCACGCUGCAGGGCUUGGCUAACCUCAAAGGUCAGAAAGCCUCUCCGACCAGUCCUGACAAAAAAGCUAAGCGGCAUGAAGUCAAGAGCGACCCGACCCCCUUUGGUUUGCGAGGCUGGAGCAAAACAUCCCACUCACUGGAGGCCCCUGAAGAAGAUGGAGGCUGGUCCAGUGCUGAGGAGCUCAUCAAUUCCUCUGAUGCAGAAGAAGAUGGUGGAGUGGGCCCUAAAAAGCUGGUUCCGGGUAAAUACACGGUGGUGAUGGAUGACGAGAAGGAGGGCCCUGACACGCUUGCCAUGAGGACCGGAGAUAUGGUGGAGGUCGUGGAAGAGGGCGCCGAGGGCCUCUGGUAUGUCCGGGACCUGACCAGCAGCAAGGAGGGAUGGGUGCCAGCCAGCAGUCUGUCCACCCUCCUGGGCAAAUCCAGCUCGGCUCAGUGUCUGAGCAGCUCAGGUAAGACCUACUGUGCGCGCCAGCUGUGCCCUGAGCCUGCCAAGAUCCUCAGCCCGGAGCCUGUUUAAAGGCAGAGGUUUCUAGGUGUGCAGAGGAAAGGGCCAGAGCCGAAGUCUGUCUCCGCUGGUUUCCCGCAGACUCCAGUCCAGGGUCAGCCGUGCUGAGUAACUCCUCCAGCUGCAGCGAGGGCUGCUCCACCCCCUUCUCCGAGCUCCAGGGAUAGUGGCCAGGCCUCUGCGGCAGGCGCUCGAGGCCACCGUGCAGUAGACCAGCAUGCAGAUCUCUAAGUUUUCUUUUGCUUGGGCUUGCUUAGUGUGGGAGGGGAUGGUGCUCGGAGACAUCUGGACAGGAGGACCCUAUCAGCCGUGGGCUUCAGAGGACACUGGGGCCUUGGCACCACGACUCCAUUGCAUGUGCAGAAGCCAGGAGACCACAGUCCACCACCAAAGCUACUUUCAAAACUCCAGAGUGGACAGAGGAGGGGCUAUGGGUCAGGAGACCCCUGUGCAGAAAUGUGGGAGAGGCCCCUUCUCAUAUUUGGGCAGCCAACAGACCCUGCUGUGCAGCCUCUCCAAGGUGUCCUGACCUCUCUGGUGCUCUCUAUGGGAACAUCAUUCCGAGGAAGGCACUUCUAACAGGAGUGGACAGUUUGCUACCAACAGCCCAGGAGGGGAAUCAAGGGACUCUUGUCUUUUAUAAGUUUUUGACUUUUUUUUUAAACAGGGAUUAAUCCCACGGCCAUUUUUUUGUGGUACUCUGGCCUCAAAUCUUUACCAAGAAUCACUGUGUUUACAUGAAAUGACAAUUUGAUACCGUAUUUGAUAUAAAACUAUUUUUUGUUACUGGGGUUUACAUCGAAGCAUGUUGUUUAUACAACUAAAUGAUUUCUGGGGCACUCUCACUGAGACCUGGCACUCCCUGGAACACAUCAGUCCCAGGUGAAGGAAGGCCCGGUAAGUCAGCGGACGUCUCCUCCACCAGAAACAGUUGGAAAUCACUGAGAGUCUCACAUCUGCAUAGGUUUUGUUUUCACAAGAAAUGUAAAGUAUAAUUUAAAAUAUUAACCUUCUUUUCUACAAUAAAAGGGAGACUCUCCAUUUUUUAAAAGAAUGUCAUUAAAUUAGGAUAUUUUUAUUGUUUUUAAAGAAGAUGUAAAAAUCCAUGCUGUCAGCCAUCCUCAGCAACAUGGGCACUGGCUGCUUCUCCAUGUCAGGGCAGGCCCCUCUUCCCCUCCCCUAGCUCUCGGGGGACCUGCAGCCUUCAUUCAAGUCACGGCAGAAUUGCCAUGAAAACCAUUGUUUUUUCCCCCUUUGUGUGUGUGUCUGAGAAACAAAUUCUGUUCUUUGGAAACGUUCUGUGCCUGGUAGGGCCGAUAUUUUUAUAUGUAUGUAUAUAUGUUCAUGUGUGUACAUAUGGUCUGGGUGUAAAGGAUGUAUUUAUGGCCUCAUGCUGCCGAACAUCUGUCACUUUACGGUCCCUCCCUGUCUCCUCACCCCGCUGCCAUGGGAGGCCACCGAGGCUCGUUCACCACUGUACGUCCAGGUAAAAUGCCCUCCUCCCCCCGCCCUACGGCUUGCAGAGCCAUUACUGGCCACACCUUCAGAGAAUGGUAACAAAAU